AUGUCAACCAGUUCCUCCGUAACGCAGAAAAACCUCGAUACAAACGCGGGUGCCUUGAAAAAGGAGGAUGAAGUAUUGUCGGAGUUCGAUAUUCAGGAUGAAAGACCCAAAUCCCUUUUAUGGGAGAGUGCCUUUGUCGGGGUGCUGUGCUCUGCCCAGCUAAUGACACAGGCAGGGCUUGGUCAAUCAUUAGCGCCACUCCACAUCAUCGGUAACAGUUUUGGAACAACGAAUGCUGGACAACUCAGUUGGUUCGCUUCCGCAUACUCGCUAACUGUUGGUACAUUUAUUUUGAUUGCUGGAAGGCUUGGAGACAUCUUCGGGCACAAAAAAUUCUUUGUCCUUGGCUUCUUUUGGUACGCCCUUUGGUCCUUGCUUGCCGGGUUUAGCGUCUACUCUAAUCAGAUUUUCUUUGACUGCUGUCGUGCCUUUCAAGGCAUGGGACCCGCCUUUUUGUUGCCAAAUGCCAUUGCGAUCCUUGGACGCACAUAUAAGCCAGGAAGAAGAAAAAACAUGGUCUUUAGUUUAUUUGGGGCCUCAGCACCUGGUGGAUUCGUCCUUGGAGCUGUUUUCUCAUCCAUGUUGGGCCAACUUGCGUGGUGGCCAUGGGCUUACUGGAUAAUGGGUAUCGCGUGCUUUCUCUUAGCAGUUGCAGGUUACUUUGUAAUCCCUCACACCCCCAUGCCGAGCCGCGAUGCCCCAUCUUUCAAAUUGUUGGAGAGGGUCGAUUUCGCAGGAUCAGUUACUGGUGUCGUUGGAUUGAUUCUCUUUAAUUUUGCCUGGAAUCAAGGCCCUGUAGUGGGCUGGCAAACACCAUACACAUAUGCCCUUUUGAUAGUUGGCACCUUUUUUUUGGUUAUUUUCGCAUUUAUCGAGUCCAGAGCAGCCUUCCCCUUGCUUCCAUUUGCCGCUCUUUCCAGAGAUACUGCUUUUGUGCUUACCUGCAUAGCUGCAGGAUGGGCCAGUUUUGGUAUUUGGAUUUUCUAUACAUGGCAAUUCAUGGAAGACUCAAGAGGCCAAAAUUCCCUUCUUUCCAGUGCACAGUUCUCGCCUGUAGCAAUCAGCGGAUUUUGUGCUGCCGUGACGACGGGUUUUCUUUUAAGUCAUACGCCUCCAAGUACAGUUAUGCUUUUUGCGAUGACUGCUUUCACGGUCGGAACUAUAUUGAUUGCUACGGCUCCCGUUCACCAAACGUAUUGGGCCCAAACGUUUGUGUCAAUCAUUGUUAUGCCUUGGGGAAUGGACAUGUCCUUCCCAGCCGCUACAAUAAUGCUUAGCGAUUCGAUGCCACAUGAGCACCAAGGUCUUGCGGCAUCUUUGGUUAAUACGGUGGUAAACUAUUCGAUAUCGAUAGGUUUAGGUAUUGCGGGUACAAUUGAAUCCAGAGUCAAUGACGGAGGCGCCAAGCCUUUGAAGGGAUAUCGUUGUUCUUGGUACAUGGGCAUCGGGUUGAGCGGACUGGGUAUUUUUGUCGCAGCAUUAUAUGCAUGGAGCACUUUUAUGAAGUCUAAAAAAAGGGUCUCCGAAAAGCAGCAUUUUAUAGAAUAA